UAAGAUGGCGGCGCCGGGCUGGUGGCUGUGGCCGGGGCUAGGGCCGGCAGUGACGGGCGCGSUGGCGGCUCUGCUGUUCCUGCUGCUGUGGCGGCGGCGGUGCGCGGGCGGCGCGGGCCGGGUGUGCGUGGCCGUGCUGGGGGACCUGGGCCGCAGCCCGCGGAUGCAGUACCACGCGCUGGCGCUGGCGCGACACGGGCGCGAGGUCGCUCUGCUGGGCUACCUCCAGAACCGGCCGCACCGGGACGUGCUGCGCAGCGAGAACAUCCGGCUCGUGCCCGUGGCGGAGCUGCGAGGGCUGCGAGUGGGUCCAAAGCUUUUCCUGUAUGUCCUGAAGGUCGUAGUGCAGUCGGUGCAGUUACUGUACACCUUGCUGAGGAUAGAUCAGCCAUCCUAUAUUCUUCUUCAGAAUCCCCCAGGCUUACCCAGUAUAGCUGUUGCAUGGGUGGCAGGACUGUUCUGGGGGAGCAAACUCAUCAUUGAUUGGCACAACUAUGGAUACAGCAUCAUGAGCCUGAGUCAUGGGAGGAACCACCCGCUAGUCCUGAUUGCAAAAUGGUAUGAAAAGCUUUUUGGGCGCUUGUCUGACUAUAACCUGUGUGUGACUGAUGCCAUGAAAGAGGAUCUCUGGGUGAAUUUCAAGAUAAAGGCUGUAACYUUGUAUGACAAACCAGCAUCUUAUUUCAAGGAAACACCAUUAGACCUCCAACACAAUUUGUACAUGAAACUUGCCAAGGACUAUGAGCCUUUCAAACCACGAGCUGUCAAUCCCAGUGCCGAGAGAUCGGCCUUCACGGAGAGGGAUGGCAAAGGUGGGGAUGUGGUGAAGAUCAGAGGCCGGCCAGCCCUUCUCAUCAGCAGCACCAGCUGGACAGAGGAUGAAGACUUCUCAGUCCUUUUAAGAGCUUUAGAAGAUUAUGAGAGGUUUAUCAAGGAGGGAGCCAAGCUUCCAGCUUUGGUGUGUGUGAUAACAGGUAAAGGACCUCUAAAAGAUUACUACAAUGGUCUGAUCCAAAAACUGCAUUUCAAGCAUAUCCAGAUCUGYACUCCAUGGCUGGAAGCUGAGGAUUACCCUCUUCUGCUUGGCUCAGCCGAUCUGGGGGUGUGUCUCCAUAAAUCCUCCAGUGGUUUGGAUUUGCCCAUGAAGGUGGUGGAUAUGUUUGGCUGCUGUUUACCUGUGUGUGCAAUAUAUUUCAAAUGUUUACAUGAACUUGUGAAACACAAUGAGAACGGUCUGAUAUUCAGAGACUCGAAGGAACUUGCAGAACAACUGAAGAUGCUUUUCUCAGAAUUCCCUUMCCUGGAAGGGAAACUUCACAGCUUCAGGCAGAACCUGAGGAAGUCCCGGCAGCUGCGCUGGGAUGAGAGCUGGGACCAGAUUGUCCUUCCCCUGCUGGGGCACAAGGAGUGACUGGGGGCAAGGAGGGUGUCAAAUACAUUCCUGCAGCUGCACAGAUUUGGGAAACAAUGAAUAAACAUUUGUAUUGUCUGCAGUUACACUUUCUGAUUCCUUCAUCUAGGGACAGGGGUUCUCACAUUCUUCCCUUAAAAUUUCAGCUUCCUGGGCAAGAGGUGCUGAAGGUGCAGCUGAGGCUCUGUUGUGURGGAACCUGUGCUGCUUGAAGGUCCCUUUUUAGUGAAAAUCCUUGAAUACAGACAGAAACUAUUAACUAUUUUACCUCCUGUACAGUCAGCACUUUAGAUUUGGGKGUGGGUUUUUUGGCAAAUGCCAGAUGCUUUUUACUUCUUUCAACUGGUCAAAAGUUGGACUCAAUUAUUUUGGAGGUCUUUUCCAACCUAAAUGAUUCGGUGAUUUACCAGUUAAUUGCCCAAGCACUGAAUAUCCUCYUGUAUGGUUUUAUUGAGACAGAACCAUUUUGUUUCCAAGCUGUUUUWCCUUGUGACAGUGUGUGCAGGAGUGUGGCAGCACAGCACUGGUGUGUGACAGCUUUACUGAGCACUUAGAGGAAAGCAGAGCUUGCAGUGAGUGUUCUUCUUGUACUCUGAAAUGAACGUGCCCAUUUACCUUGGGAAAGAACAUAAAAUUUAUCUCUUUUUGAGCAGACUAAUAGAAAAGAGAAAAAUAAACCUGAAAUAUAUGACUGAGAUGUGUAUAACUUAAUCACAGGGCACUUCACGUUGUGAGUGCUCACUCAGGUACAACCUUCAGCUUUUUUUUAAGCUUAGUAAUCACAUGCAGGCCUAAUGCUUAUGAGAUUUUUUUUCCUCACCUUUUUGAUGAUAAAAUAGAUGUCAGUCCUUGAAGGAGUAAAUGUGCUUGGUUUGAGUGUUUACUGCUCCUCAGAGCUCCUGACUCAGGGUGGGAGGUGAGG